AUGAACAAGUAUACAUUGUUGCUAUUACUUUUAAAUACAUUUUUUAUUUCAAAUACUAAGUCUCAAUCCUACAAUGCAAAUUGGACAGAUUUAAAUUCAAGACCAAAUCCUGGAUGGUAUGAUCAAGUUAAAUUUGGAAUUUUUAUACAUUUUGGAGUUUAUAGUGUUCCAGCAUUUGCAACCCAUGAUUAUGCAGAAUGGUAUUGGUAUAAUUUAGUAAAUGAUAAUGGUACAACUCAAAAAUGGCAAGACCAACAUUUUGGUGAACACUUUCAAUAUCAAGAUUUUGCACCAAUGUUUAAUUGUAGAUUAUUCAAUCCAGAUGAAUGGGCAUCAAUAUUUCAAAAAUCUGGUGCGAAAUAUGUUGUACUAACAUCAAAACAUCAUGAAGGUUAUACACUUUGGAAAAGUGAUCAAUCAUGGAGUUGGAAUUCUGUUGAAAAUGGUCCUGGAAUUGAUAUUGUAGGUAAAUUAACCAAUUCUGUUAAAGCUCAAGGUCUUCAUAUGGGUUUAUAUCAUUCAUUAUAUGAGUGGUUUAACCCAUUAUACUUGGCCGAUAAAAAGAGUGGUAACCCACCAACUCAAAACACCUAUGUUAAAGAAGUUUUAUUAAAUCAAUUAAGAGAUAUAGUUUUAAAAUAUGAACCUGAUAUAGUAUGGGCUGAUGGUGAAUGGGAGCAAUAUUCAGAUUAUUGGGGUUCAAAAGAAUUUUUAAGUUGGUUAUAUAGUGACAGUCCAGUUAAAGAAACAGUUGUAGUAAAUGAUAGAUGGGGUAAAGAGACAAGAGGAGUUGAUGGUGGGUUUUAUACGGGUGGUGAUAAUUGGCAGCCUGGUCAUUUGGUUACACAUAAAUGGGAGAAUUGUCAAACUAUUGGUAGUUCAUAUGGUUAUAAUGAAAAUGAACCAGCAGAGGCAUACCAAGAUUCAACUAUUUUAAUUCAAGAAUUUGUUGAAACAGUUGCAUGUGGUGGUAAUUUCCUUUUAGAUGUUGGACCAAAUGCUGAAGGUGUAAUUCCAAAUAACAUGGUGGAUCGUUUGUAUGAUAUUGGUAAAUUCUUAUCAAUUAAUGGAGAAUCAAUUUAUGGUAGUUCUCCCUGGAGAAUUCAAAAUCAAACUCAAUCAAUUUGGUUCACUACAAAUACUACGACAGGUGCAAUCUAUGCUUUCAGUUAUUAUUUUCCAGAAGAUGGUGUAUUUAAUUUUAAUGAAAUCAUUGGUUCGAAAUCUACAAUUGUUGAAUUAUUCGGUUAUAAAAGUAAAAAUCCAAUUACAAUUGAAACUUAUCAACCAAAAGGAAUUAACAUAACUGUACCAUUUGUAUCACCAUCAGACUAUCCACCAUUUAUUUAUGUUUUUAAAUUUAUAAAUGCUUAUUAA